GAACUACAUGUUGACGUCAUAACACGGGGGCAGUAAAUAUCAGACGGACGUGUUUCGUGUUUUGAGUCGGUCGCUGACUGUUGCUCGUGAAGAUGGAGAUGAUGUGAGUCCGCGGGGAUUCGGUUCUGCCGGAGACAUGUCUGCGAGCGCGCGAUGCUGCACGGUGCUGAUGUCGGUGCGCGUGACGGUGCGACCGCUGCCGGUGCGCUCGGAUUCUCUGCGACUGCAGCUCAGCAUGAACACGAACCGAGCCGGACUCUUCACCCUCACACUCAGACACACCGACCGCGGGGGACGCAGCGUGUCUCUGGCAGAGUUUGAUCUGCGCUCAGUGAAGUACGAGAUCAAAUCAGCUCGAUGUCACGAAAUGCGUCUCGUCAAGCGUCCCAACGACUGCCUCACAUUCACCUUCCGCAGCGAGCAGGAGGCGCAGGAGUGGGCCACCGUCAUGAUGUCAUCGCUCAGAGAGUCUCACAGAGUUGCCAACAUUUCUCAUUCUUCAAAUGAAGGACUGCAGAAUGUGAAGUGUGGAGAGAAAAACUCUGUCUUGUCGCUGUCUAUGAAAGAGGAGCUGUGUCUAGAGCUUUCUCGAGCGAUCGAGGCUGGAGAUACUCAUGCCGCUGUGCACUACGCCACAGAUCUGGCCAAGCAGCAGAUCGCACUGAGCAUUCAACCAGCGCUGCGAGACACCGACGACACAGAGAUCAGCUUAGCUGUGGUAAUAGAAGACACGUCAUCUUCCUGCUGUGUCACAGUAAAAGUCCACCCUCACGUGACCGUCGCUUCUCUGAAGCAGCAGAUGUUUGUUGAGUAUGGUUUCCACCCCAGGGUGCAGCGCUGGGUCAUCGCUCAGUGUCUGUGCUCUGACGGCCGCUCUUUAGCGUCGUAUGGCAUCUACAGGGACGGCGACACUGCGUUUCUCUACCUCUUGUCUGCUCGUCACGCCUGCCUCGGUCGCCAGCAGCAGCAGGAGAACGGUCUGUCGAUGCCAAACGCCAGCGGCCCCGUCAGCCACGACUGGAGACGAUACAGCACUUUACCGCCCCGCUUCAGCCACAGCAGCACAGGCAGCAGUGGGUGUGGCCCAGAGAAACCCAGUGUCAGUGACAUCAUUAACCUCGAGAUGUUGCAACUUGGAUCCAAACUGAAAUCAAGUAACACACAGUCAGGCUGGUCCUGUUCUUCCUGUACAUUCAUAAAUAAGCCUACGAGACCCGGCUGUGAAAUCUGCAGCACAGAUCGACCCAAUCCUCCCAAUCACAGCAGCGUUCAACAGGAAAAAGCAAGAAGAUCGAACCAGUGAAACUGUGCUGUAAAUACACACAGACAGAGACAAAACCCCUAAGAUUAUCUCGCAUUCAAACGACAUGUGAAGAACUAAACUACUAUUAGCUAACAGUUUUAAUAAGAGUUGACUUGCAUACAAAGCUUCAAACUCUCAUAGCGACUACGCGGCAUAUUUCACCGGUGGGUUCAUCUCUGUUGGUUUGCAGUGCAGUUAAUAGUAACUGGUUUGUUGCUUGGUUCUCCUUAAAGGAGUUGUGACAUGGAUUUGCUUUUGAGCUUAAUUAAUAAAUUCCUUGUUUAUGAGGAGGACGUUUUGAGCUAUGAAACUUGCAGGAUCGAGGAAAAAUGCGAUGUCACGAGUCCUUAAAUGUAACUGUUGAACAGUAUUAGGCAUCAGAAGUUAUCUUGGUUCAUUUUAUGAGCGAACAAAAACAAAGCAGGAACCUAAUCAUCUGUGGCUCUAGAUGGUACAAACUCAGUCUAUUUAGGACAAAUUGCAGGUUGCACACGAGUUUGUGUUUCAAAUAGGACAUUAUAGCUGAUAGAUUAUAUGUGUAAUCCGAAUAAGAAAACAACACUGUGUGAAAUAUUAAACAUGCAGCGUUUCAAGUGCAAAUCAGCGUUCAUGUCCGUUCACUUAUGCUAAUUUAUGUUCAUCAAGCUCUAUUUUAGGAGCUUAAGUUUUAAGGUAAAUGUGAUUGUAUAUAAUUAUGUGACGAGGCCAGUACAUUGUGUGAAAAACAACUGAAUGAAACUUGCAUAAAUGCAUGUUAUGUGAGUUAAUUAUUCCUUAUCUAAUUGACUAGGAAUUCUCAUUAAAGACUUUGUUCAUAUUUGGAACAAACUACAUUCAGACACAGGGUUAUUGAGUGAGUUUGUUUUAUUUUUGUUAUUUAAUGAACAAUCUGUUGCUUUUAAUGUAAUUAUAAUUGCACUGAAUACGUGUGUGUUGUAAAUGAUUGUGUUUAAAGUCUACCUGGCUUUGCCGUGAAUAAACAUAAUGAACCGAGAAGUUUAAGAGUAAUCUUUAGCCUCUGGAAA